GCAUACCGCCCUCCGUCCCAGCUACACGCUGCCGCCUGGUCCUCACUCUAACAACAGCGAGUAAAACGCCAUGACGUCAGACACGUGUCCGCACGCGGCGGCCAUCUGUGCGCAUGCGGAGUCGCGGACCUUCACGUCACCCACGUACAACGACAGUCUGGUGGCCAACCUGAACAGACUCAGGUCAGAGGGCACGCUCUGUGACGUCACGCUGGUCGCAGAGAAAAGAAAGUUCCCCGCCCACCGAGCUGUGCUGGCGUCAUGCAGUGACUACUUCCGGGCCAUGUUCACUUCCGGUAUGCGAGAGACAUGCGCAGAAGAGAUCGAGCUCCACGCAGUUCCCGCGCUGGGCCUGAGUCACGUGCUGGAGUUCAUGUACACGGCUUCCAUCACGCUCAGUCCCGAGAACAUAGAGCAGGUCCUGGAGGCCGCAUCGCAGCUGCAGGUGUCGGUGAUUGACUACUGCUGCGAGUACUUCAUAGAGAAGAUCGACAAGAACAACUGCUUCGACAUCCUGGAGAUCGCACAGUUCUACAGCAUGGAGGAGGUGGAGAUGAGGGCGGGAAAGUUUAUCCUGGAGAAAAUGACGUACAGCGAGGAGUACGCCUUGUUAGCACCGGAGACGUUAGCUAAGGCGGUUACUAACGACGAUUUAGACAUGACAGAGAUGCAGGUGUUUAACAAGAUCAUGCGGUGGUUGGACUUGGCGCCGAGUGGGACGGAGAAAGUGAAAGACAUUCUGCAGCACGUGCGGUUCCCUAUGAUUUCCGAGACGGACUUGUUCAAGAGGGUACUAACGACGGAUUGCAUGGAGGCUAUACCGGGCUUGUCUGAUCUGCUACAAGACGCGUUCGCGUACCACGCCAAGCCGAUCCUACAGCCCAGCAUGCAGACGGAACACACCAGACCCCGGCAGGCUGUGGAGACUGUUAUAGCGCUGGGAGGGCGCGUGAAAGUGGACGGACCUCUGGAGAGGUGUAACGAUGUUCUUGGGUUGGAUCCGUACAGUGGUACCUGGCACACAAUCGCGGACAUGCCCUGGCCGCAGUCCACCCACACCAUCACGUCGGUAGCCGUCCUGGAGAACUUCCUUUACGUGGUGGGAGGACAGAACCAGUACGGCAGUGUAGGCAGGAGGAGCACUAACGCGGCUUUCCGCUACGACCCGCGCUUCGACGAGUGGCUCAGGCUGGCCAGCAUGAAGGAAGACCGCGCCUGCUUCUGUCUGCUGGCCCUUGGAGGACACCUGUACGCCAUAGCGGGGCAGAACAAGAACGGGAACCUCCGCACGGUGGAGAGGUACUCCCCUCUAACGGACGAGUGGGACUACGUGGCCCGUAUGCCGUUAGAGCGCUCCCAUCACGCCGGUACGGUGUGUAACGGCCGGCUGUACGUCAGCGGCGGCAUGCACGAUAACGACGUCCAGGGCACCAUGUACGACUUCGAGCCCGACGAGAACUUCUGGCAGUUCAAAUUGCCGAUGAAGAACGAGCGGUUCGGACACGGCAUGGCGACGGUCGGAGGGAAGAUCUUCUCUGUCGGAGGCUGUACUUGUAACGACCAGGGAGACAUUAUAGACGUGACCAGCAUGGAAUGUUUCGACCCAGAGACGAACCUGUGGAGCACCAUGGCCACCAUGCCGCAGGGACAGAGCUAUGCUGCACUGUGUGUGCAAGGUGACAGCAUCUACGUGGUCGGCGGCUGCAACCGGAACGAGAAGACAGUAACGUGUCACACUAACAGAUAUGACGUCACGAAGAACAGUUGGCACAAGAUGGCGGACUUCCCCCAUCAUUCCAUGGGGCUGGCGGGAUCCACGCUGACGGUGACGCGCAGGAUGCUCAAUAAACCCACCUACUGAGCGGGUACACAGUCAGAUA